AAUUUCUCUCCGACCUCCCUUUGGGUUCAUAGGCUGCGUAGCACGCAAAUUCAAUCUCUAAACUUGUCUUUUAAUUCCCUUUUCAACUCACGCCCCAUCUUGCAAUAAUGUCUGCUACCGAAGUCGCCGCUGCACCCGUCGUCGCCGUUGAGGAAGUCAAGCCUGCCGAAGCCCCUGUUGCCGACGCUGCUACCGACGCCCCUAAAGCUGAGGAGACUGCUCCCGUUGAGGAAGUGCCUGCCACUACCACAGAGGCACCCGCCACCGACGCCGUUGUUGAGGAAGCCCCCGCCACCGAGGCAGCUGCUACAGAAGAGCCCGCCAAGGAAGAGGCCAAGCCUGCUGAUGAGCAAAAGAAGGAAGACAGGCCUAAGAGCCCUGGCUUGCUGUCCAAGCUCUUGAACACAUUCAAGGGUGACAAAAAGUCCAAGGGUCCCAAGAGCCCUAAGAAGGAGAAGAAGAAGGAAGAGGCUACCCCAGCUGCUGAGGAGCCUGCCAAGGAUGAGGCUGCUGCUACCGAGGCACCCGUUACCGAGGAGGUCGCAGAGCCCGCCAAGACCGAGGAGGCUGUUACAGAAGCUCCCAAAGAAGCUGAGACCGAUGCUCCCGCUGAGGCUGAGGCUGCCACCGAAGCCCCCGCCGCAACUGAGGAAGUCAAGGAAGAAAAGAAGGAGGAGAAGAAGGAGGCCAAGGUGACCGCCAAAGCCGCAAAGGUUGGCCGUCGUCUCUCCGCACGUGUCGGUGACUUGUUCAAGGCCAGGGCCAAGACCGAGGUUGCCGCCCCUGCCAAGGUCGAUGAGCACCCUCCCAAGAUCGACGAGCCCGAGCCCGUCGCUCCUUUGGAGAACCCCGCGACGGAGGAAGCACCCGCUGCUGAGGCCGAAACAAAGGCUGAGGAGCCCGUCGCAGAGGUUGCCCCCACAACUGCUCCCGUCGUCGCUGCAGCGGCAUAAGGGGUUCCCUGUGAUUGGGAUGACCCUUUUGAAGUUCUCCGACGACCUUAACGAGCCCUUUUUUUAUCAUUUUAUCUCAUUCAUCUUGGCCCAUUGUUACAAACCCCCCUCCCCACUCGUGGAUUCAUAUAUUUCCACUCCUCUUCUUUUUAUGAUACUCUUGGAUUCUUUUUCACCUCGAUGAUCUUUAUGACCUAGCCACAGCCGCCCUUACACCUAAUACUCGAUCCGUUAUCUCCCACCAAUACCCGUAGCUGCUUUUCCAGGAUCGUGCUCUCAUGUCUUUAGCUUCUCUUGUAAUCAUCUCAUUUUUUCUGUUUUGGAAACAUUUGGAUCGGAUCUGCGUCUUCCUCACGA